AAGUGGACUACUAAAGAAAUUGAUUGCAGAAUCAUCAAAUGAUGAUUGUGUUUUACACCUUCAUGAUGUUCCUGGUGGAGCAAAAACUUUUGAGCUAAUAACAAAGUUUUGCUACGGCGUAAAACUCGAAAUCACAUCAUUGAAUGUAGUUAGUCUAAGAUGUGCAGCAGAGUAUCUCCAAAUGACCGAAAACUACGGCGAAAAUAAUCUUAUAGGAUACACAGAAUCCUUUCUCAAUGAAGUUUUUAGCAAUUGGCCCGAUUCAAUUAAAGCUCUCGAAACAUGCGAGGAAGUGCAAAACUUUGCAGAAGACCUCCAUAUUGUUUCGAGAUGCAUUGAUUCCUUGGCAAUGAAGGCGUGUUCCGAUCCAGAAUUGCUUAAUUGGCCUCAGACCGGUCGUAAUCAAGACGAACAAAAUGAGGUUUUGAAUGAGGUUUCUUUGGAGAGUAGUAAGCGGCAAAAUGUUGGUGAUAAUUGGUGGUACUAUGAUGUGUCUUAUUUGAGUUUACCAUUGUAUAAAAGAUUGAUUUUAGCUAUUGAAUCCAAUGGAAUGAAAUCUGAAACUGUUGCUGCAUCUCUUAUAUAUUAUCUUAGACGGUUUCUUCCAUUAAUGAAUAGACAAUCAAGUUUCAAGGAUACAAGCCAUGCAACAAUUCCUACAACUACAGAAGCUGAUCAAAGAGGUUUACUAGAAGAGAUUGUUGAGUUGCUUCCUAAUAAGAGAGGUGUCACAUCUUCUAAACAUCUCCUUCGGCUACUUCGAACCGCCAUGAUAUUACAUGCUAGUCCAUCAUGUAAAGAGAAUUUAGAGAAAAGAGUUGGAGCUCAACUAGACCAAGCUUCACUUGUGGAUCUACUAAUUCCGAAUAUGGGAUACUCGGUCGAGACACUAUAUGAUAUCGAUUGUAUUCAGAGGAUUCUUGAUCAUUUUAUGUCUAUUUACCAGCCCGCGUCGGUGGCAGCUUCUCCUUGUAUAACUGAAGUUGGUGCAUUGAUAUCUGGCGUUGAUACGUUGACACCGAUGACAAUGGUCGCUUCCUUGGUAGAUGGAUAUCUCGCCGAAGUCGCUUCAGAUACUAAUCUGAACUUGUCUAAAUUUCAGGCACUUGCUGUGGCUGUUCCUGAUUAUGCUAGGCCCCUUGAUGAUGGCAUAUACCAUGCAAUAGAUGUAUACCUUAAGGCACAUACAUGGCUUAGAGACUCUGAAAGGGAGCAACUAUGCAGACUCAUGAAUUGUCAAAAACUAUCAUUGGAAGCAAGCUCACAUGCAGCACAAAAUGAAAGAUUACCUCUAAGAGUAAUUGUUCAAGUCCUUUUUUUCGAGCAGCUUCGACUUCGAACAUCGAUAUCCGGUUGGUUUUUUGUUUCAGAAAACCUUGAAAACUCGCAAAAUUCUAGUGGAAAUCUUGGUUUACCCAAGACUUGUCAACCGGAUUCUGCAGAGAGAACGGAAAAUGUGAGGGAACGUCUUUUGGAGUUGGAGAAGGAAUGUUCAGGUAUUAGAAAAGAGCUUCAGAAAUUAAAUAAAACAAAGAAAAGUUGGAGCAUUUUUCCGAAAAAGUUUGGAUUUAGAAGAAAGACAGAGUAUUCAAAUUCUAAAGAAUCAGAUAAUGUAAAUACAUCAUCCUCUACGAAUGAAAAUCAAAAUCAUGAAAGUAGUUGAAGAGGUUCAUUGAACUUCAUGGCUUAAGUUAGUGGAGAUAAAUAUGUUUCUUGUACUACAAGUUAUGUUUUCAAAUUGGAGCCUUUA